UCAGAUGCUGCAUUUUUCAGCAAAAGUGACAUUUCAAACUCGCCCGAUUUCUGGAUUUCCUGACAAGAAGAAAUAGUAUAUAUAAAAGUUUCCAAUAUGUGAUCAUUACAUUGAGAAAUCAGUACAAUGGAGGACAUCCUUUCCCAGCUCAUCAGGGAUUCAUCUUCUGCAAAAUACACCAACAUAAAGAACAGAGCCGUGGACGCGCGGGAACUGCUACAAAACAAAGGCCUGUUAGAGGUGACCCCAGCCCACGUCUUACGGGAGAAAUGUCUGGAACCCCUACAGUUAGCAUUGGAAUCCAAAAAUAGAAAACUCGCAACAGACGCUGUAAAUGGAAUACAGGUGAUAUUUGAUACAUCGGUUUCAGUCCAGUAAUAUUUGAUACAUGAUCAGAGAUGGAUGCCGAUACAGAUCCUCAACACUGUGUUGUGUACCCCAUCUUUACCCGAGGACACGCAAAUGGAUAUCAUGAAGCUUCUGUUGAAUAUGACAUUUUCUACGUCUUGGUGCAUGAAUGCAAAAGUCAUCACAAAAAUAACACAGGUGUAUAUAGAUACCUACAUGACAAGCACCCAUAAUGUUAGGGGUACAGUGAAGGCAGCCCUCACCCAGCUUCUCACCAGCUUCACAGACAAACUGCAAUCUGCUGACAGCAGAGGGCAAGGAGAUGAUGGGGAUGUUCUAGCUGACUUCAACCCUAAAGGGAACUCAGACAAGGAUGGCCUGACUACAGACACUAUCAGGAUUCUACAGUUCUUCACCAAUAAACUAGAUGAGGCCUUAGGCAGUCAGACCAGAGUAUCAGUACCCUUGUUGUUAGAGGGAGUACUAACAAUCAUUACGAACUGUCCCAGAGGAAUCAACUCCAGUGAGCUCUUUCAGGAAAUCAUAUGGAAGAGUCUCUGUCCCUGUUUGAUCUCUUUGUUGGGAUCUCCAAAGUCUGAGAAGACAGUAUGUAGUCAGAAGACGCCACACAAAGAGGAUAUAGGACGAGGAUCAGGUUGUUCUAUGUCAGCUCCGAAUCUACAGGCAACCACAGCUAAAACUAUCUAUAGUAUUGCGGUUUCCCUGGUGGAGUUGAUGGGGACUGUUGGUACCAUGAGACCGGUUCUGGAGUCGCUAUUCCAUAGAAUGCUGUUGUAUUCACCUCCCCAACAUAGACUGGAUGCCCUGAAAGCUGUCAGAGAGCUGCUGAGAACUCCAGAGAACCUGUAUAACCUAGCAGCCCCAGCCAUAGAACCUGUACAGAGGGAGAAGGCAGCGAAAAAUCCCAACGCAGACAUUUCUCUUCUCAAACUGAUUGUGGACUCUCUAGAGGAGUGCUGUCACUGUAAUGACCUGGCUGUCUGUGUUACCAGUGUUAGCUGUGUGGAGGAGAUGCUGGGAGCCCUAGAACUGACCUGUAAGGGGGAGGCAAUCACCCCCAACCUCCAGAGGAGCAUGAACAAGUUCUACAGGACCCUCUCAGAAACAAGUGUGUCCCGUCACAGUAGUGUUUCCUCCUGCUGCCAGGAAGCUGACGGAGAAACAGACACCCAGGAUAACGACGUAUUCCAACAGAACAAAACGGAGAAUAAAGGAGGUCAGGGGGUCGUCAAGGGAGAUCACUCUAACACAGAAUACAGAAUCCGGGAGGAAAUCAAGAAACAGUACAACAGGUUAGGGAGGAACAUGGAAGAGCUGGAGAAACAGAAUGCCGAGGAGUUUGUACGGAAACUGGAGCUGUUUGUACCAAGGCUGGGACAGAUGUUAGACGUGACAGACGUGGAUGAAGCCCUGCAGCAGUUUGCUGCUGAGUUCUGUACAGCAUUAUAUGAUACUCAAUCACAAAGUGAAAGUGAAAGUCAUAUGGCCAUCCUGAAUGCUGAUGGAGUGUAUGUAGCCAGUAUUAGUUCAUUACAUUUAUGUUUACAACUGUCCACAUCAGGAUACUACCACAGGAGAGGCUAUCCAAGUAUUACAGAGAAGGACUUUGUAGACUCUGUGCUGGGCUGUGGACUGUUGCUUUUCCUCUCUCCGGCCUGGCUGAGAGAAGUCUACCAUCAGCUGACUAGGAGAAACCUUUUACAGAGUGUAUCAACGACUUCAACAUCACCCCUCAUCAACUUCCUCAAAGAUAUAGACGGCCUUGGUAAUCACGAGAAGGGAGGCCAGUUUCUCUGCAGCUUCUCGUUUGUACAGACAGAAGAGGAGGUAGAUAACAAAGACAGCCUCGUCAAAUCAGGGAGAAUGUUUGCCCGUCGAGUCUUGUCUAAGUGCUGGGACAGUAUCCUUGAUGUUUUGUCCGUACUACUUAACGGGAACUCAUCUUGUGGGAUCUCCAGCAGCCUUGGGCUCCUCUUAGGGACAGAGGGGGCCAAGGAAGAGAGCCUGAGGGCAAGAGAGGCCAUCUGUACCAGUCUGAAUGGUCUACAGAGGGCUGCCAAGCUCUGCUGUGCACUGGGUUUACAGGAGUACUGUGGGGCUGUGUUCUGUCAGCUGGCCAGUACCUCCUGUGUUACGCUGGACACACAGAGAAGUCCCAUCCUUGAGCGGAAGUCUCUCAACAAACCCGCCUCACAUAAACCAAAACUGGUCAAGCUUCAUGCAUCUCACGUCCUCAGCAUGGAUGUUGUCAUGACGACGGGGCUAGAGAUGGGAAGCCACUCCGCGGACUGCUGGAAACAUUUGUUCAGGUGUUGUGCCUUUAUCUCUGAGUUGGAGCACACUUACUUCUGUAUGGGUAACAACCAUUCCAACCUCCCCAAACUACAGCAGGAGGCGGCCGUAGACUCCGAGAAUCAGGAGAACAGUAAUUAUGUAGACGAACCAGAGUUGUACAGUGUUUCCACCACUGCGGCUGUGCCAGUAGCACCGAGGAUUAACAUCACAGAGCUGAUCAGACAGAGUGGGAUUGAGUCUGGGUGGGAGAGGUCCAUUACAGGGGGAGGUGUACUGAAUGCCGCCCAGUCCUCAAAGGCACUGUGUGGGCUCUCUCAGGAAGUGGACAGGCUGUUUGAGGAGGCAGCUAGUCAGCUGAAUCUGCAGGCUCUGUUGGACUUCCUGUCGGAGCUCUGUGAUUCCAGUCAGCACCAGUUGUUCAGUGUGACCCAGCAGGUGCCCCGGGAGGGAGGGGCCAGGGACUCUCAGCUACCCCCCAACUCCCUCCACCUGUACCGGCUCCAGGAGGUGCUGAUGAAGGUGGUCCACAGUGACCGCCCGCUGCUUCACCUUAUGAGGACCUGGAGUGUGGUGUCUCCUCAUCUGGUCGAGUCGGCUGGUCACAGGGACAGGAGUGUGUCUAAGAUGGCCGUGACCUGCGUCCAUGACUUUAUUCUGGCCAUGCUGAGUGACCGCCUGGAGUUGGCCUACUUCCACGUCAAUGAGCUGCUGUGUAAGCCGUUUGAGAACAUGUUAUGUCUAGAAGUCUGUGAUGGGGAUGUACAGGACCAGAUCGUUUGCUCUAUCUGUGAGUUGGUGGAGGCCUGUACUGCUGACAUUAAGUCAGGUUGGCGACCACUGUUUGGAGCUUUACGCGCUGUGAAGAUUGAGUACACCACUAAUGAGGAAGUUAACGAUGCGCGACAGAGACACGUGGCGGCCGUGCUGGACGUGUUUGAGGUCUACCUCAGUACAGAUAACGUCCUGGUGUUUGCUAAUGCCACAGUCGAUUGUAUUCUGUGUCUUCUCAAGUACAUCAGGGGACCAGGUGAGUUUGACAACUCGAGUGGGGAGGACUCGGACUCAGGAAGUGAUUUUGUGAUGGGGGAAUCAGGGGGAGAGAAUCUGUGUAUUCCUGCCCUGGGAUAUCUAAAGAGGUGCUCCCAGAUCUUACAAACAAUGUGGAAGAUGCCAGCAUGUCCUGUGUUCAACUGUGCAAAAAGAAUACAGACCACUCCUACCCAUGUGUUUGUGGACUCAAGUCUGCCUCAUAUGAACAUGGGAGAUUUCAUCCGUCACUACGACGAAGUCAGUCAGCAGCGCUGUCAUAGCUGUGUCGCUGAAUCGUCACAAUCAACAGGCGGUCACAGAGAUGAACCAGCCCUAAAACCCGACCCCUCGGACAAUGGCCCCGAGCCUCCUGACAAUCUCCCUCACCUAGAUGAGGGCGGAACAGACAGUCUGAACUCUGUAGAUUCAGGUGUGAUAACCAUGCAGAGUGACAUCAAGUCUAAUAUCAAAACAGACAAUGAGGAGGAGGACACACAGCAGUGUACCUCCAACCCAGGGGGUCAGCCUGAUGACUCUACCGGUCACUGUGAGCGGUGUGCCGCUCUGAGGCUCCUACAGAGACAGCCAGGGGGUGCCUCAGAAAGUCCCCCCAGGUCUUUUGAUUCACUGGAUGCUAUAGACAAUAGUACGGGGAUCCUACACGUCUUGUUCCUGUUGUUGGAGGGACUGGCCAGUGCCGUCUCAUCGUGUCCUAAAUCGUAUCAACCCGAGACGCUGGAGAUGUUGUUUGAUCUGCUCAAGGCCACAGCUGAUGUUCCUGGUGCUGAGUUUGCCCUGUUUUGUGUAAACAGUCUCCUCCUGCCAAUGAUUCAGUCGUGGUUACGGGAGGGAAGCCGUAAGCCUGGGUACUGGGACUGGGGGGCUAACAACUUUAAGCAGUGCUGUGGUCUGUGUACAGACUUGGUAGUGGAUCUGGUACACAAGUUCUCAGGUACAUCGACAAAGGUGUCCCAGUCUGUGGAGCUGAUGCUGAAGCAACUGUACAACAUUCUGGUGGAGUGUAUCUCCAAGCCUGCAGAGGUGAUCUCAAGGCUAGGCUGCUCCUGUAUCAGACAUGUAAUGCUCAGUGCAGGAAGGUCAUUCAAUGAAGAAAUGUGGCAGAUCAGUGGAGUUGCCAUGGAGACAGCAUUAGACGUAUCAACCUUCCAUCUGAGACAGCUGAUGUUACUAGGUGAUAUAGCACAGGUCAAGGCUGCUUCACCACAGGAGUGUUAUAGACUGAGACACCUGGCUCAUCAGGUAUUCCUGUUAGACAGUCAGAUGGCCGCCCAUCAGUUAACAGUUGAUGUGGAGGAAGAUAAGUCUUUUGUUUUUCUGUUGUACAAAUCGGGGGAAGAGAACUGUUUGAAUCCAGAUGAUAUCCUUCUCAGAUUGCCCUUUAGAAAUGUGGUGGUUGGAUUAUUAGCCAAUCAGCUGUUACUACAAACCAUUGGUAGUGUUCUUCUUAGUGCUGACUCAGCAAAGUCAAACACAGAAAAUGGGCAACAUACAAGAAUGUCAGGAAUGAUUCCACUGUUAUCUGUCAGAAACAUUGUUAAGAUGUUGGAGUGUCUGAGGAACUCCUAUAAGCUGGCUAUGGAGUUUGACUCCAGACCUGGACUGAAGUUCCUGAUCCAGAAGGUGGCGCGGACUGAGGUGGCUGUUAACCUGUAUAAACAGGCCGGGGCCGCCACGGUCUUCUUCAUCCACACGCUGCUACAGAUCGGGGCUAACCUUCCCAACCUCACCAAGGUCAAGGUUAAACAUUUGUCCUACUCAGUUCAACAGAGUCUUCUAGAUGUUUGUUACCGAGAUACAAGACACUGUUUAAGUACUGUAGAUGUGUUUUCUAGUCCGGAGUUAUUUAUUCAGCUUUUGAAGGCUAUCUGUGACGAGUUGUGUCAGAUGUAUGUAGACAUUUUGUCGGAUGAGACCUCCAGUCGAGUGGAUACGAUGGCAGAACAGCAGGUCUUUUUCCUGAUCGCGCAGCCUGACGAUAUUUCUGAUAUUGUGAGCAAAAGAAAGAAAGGUCAAACGGAUGUCUUAAAAUCAAAACAGUCAGCACAAGAUCUGAUGUCCUCAGCUGUCCCUCUACAGGAGCAAGCCUGUGUAAGUUCUGGAGGAAGUUCGGAAGAUGAACAGGAAGUAGAGAGUUCUGAUUCUGACCAUCCAACCAAGAGUAAGCGAGAGCUACGGGAGGAACAGGACAGCAAAGUGUAUACGAUCGCCACGGAUACACUCAUCAAGUCCUUAAUGACCGAGUACAAGAGACGUAAACAAGCUAACGCCAUGCCAAAGUUUGUCAAAAUCUCCAAAACAAAGAAACAGCCCAAAGAAAGGAAAUCUAAAGACCCUGUAGAUAAGGUGGACAAACAGAUAGAGGCCCAGAGAAAGACAUCGUACAUGAAGGACAGUGAAGCCCGGGUGCAGUCCUGGACAGAACUCCUGUGUACAGUACUCGGUCUGUUCCAUCAACUCCCAGACUCCGAGUUCCAGGUUCUUCUUCCCACGGUGUUCAGCUGUGUCAAUCAGCUGGUGUGUCAUGCCACAGAACAGAGACUGAGAGACUCAGUAGGGCAGAUUGUCUACAGACUAGGGGACAUACUAGACUUAACCAAUGACAGCCAAGGUUACAGCAGUGUUAAAUCAGCCAAUCAGGAUGAAGAUAACAUUGAUGUCAAUAUAACCAAUGAUAGCCAAAAUCACAAAUAACCAAUACAGAUCUUACUUUCUUCAGAAUUUCUAUAGGAACUACUGACAUGUGCAUCUGAUAAACUGUGGGAUAAAGAUCACAUUGGGAUAUAAAGUAGUAUUGCAGCAUCAGUAUAAAUCAAUUGUAUUGCAAAUAUUAAAUGUGCAGUUGUCAAAACAUUUUAUAUUAAAUGCAGGGUAUUGGAGUCACCAGUCAUGAUAAUGAUAUGUAUUGUUGUGAGGUUACAAUUAAGUGAUUUUAAGUACAAACUUCAGAAACACUUGUACUUUAUAACAGUUUGUUUAUGGAACUUGGGAACUAAAUUGUUGUACUUUUGUAUUUUAAAAAGGACCAUUAUACUGUACAUCAACUCUGUGACUGUGAAAUACAUAUUUUAGACAAUGUGCAAUAUUUUUCAAGAUAAAAAGUCCCUUUACUUACGCAUAAAUAUACCUCAUUUCUUAUUCUUUGAAAAGCCAUAUAUAUAUUAGUUUACUUUCUUUGGUGCUUUGUGUUAUCUAAUAAGAGUACAUAUAAUCAACAUUAGUAUCUUAUUUGAUUUUGUGUAUGUACCUGUCAAGUCUCAUUUGUCAGCAUUCCAUAAACAGGUUUUCAAAUUUUCACCCUUUCCCAAAAUGAUUAAGAGCCACUUAAUAUUUUUUUUUAAAAUUGGAUCAGGUAGAAACUUUUACACUGUAGGUCAGUUUGAUUUCCAAGGUCAUUUGAGCCAUGGUAAGAUACGUCAAGUGAGCAUUGUAGCCUGUAGGCAUCCAACUCAUAUUCUUAUUCCACAACUGAAGACCUUAUCGAAAACAUUCCAUUCCAUAUACGUUUAUCUGAGGUAGUCUGUCGUCUAGCGACUGUGUGUCAUGCCAUUGGGAGACAUGCAUUUAAACUUUUCAAACUUGCAAC